AUGAUUCGUGAUCCCUACGUCGUUCCGGCGCUCACAAAGCACACCGCUACCGUUAUCAUGGCCCACGGGCUAGGAGAUAGUGGUGCCGGAUGGAUGUCCCUUGCCCAGACCUGGCGCCGCCGCGGCAUGUUCAACGAGGUGGCCUUCAUCUUCCCCAAUGCGCCCGAAAUCCCGAUUACAGUUAACAUGGGCAUGAGCAUGCCUGGAUGGUACGAUAUCGCCAAGCUUGGCGGCAACAUGUCCCUAGAGGAAUCCAUCAGCACCCAAGACGAAACAGGAAUUCUCCGUUCCCGCGAGUACUUCAAUCACCUUAUCAAGAAAGAGAUGGAUAAAGAUAUCAAGGCUUCGCGGAUCAUCCUGGGCGGGUUCUCUCAGGGCGGUGCGAUGUCCCUGUUCGCCGGUCUGACUCACAAAGAAAAGCUCGGCGGUGUCUUUGGUCUGUCAUGCUACAUGCUGCUGAGCGAUCGGAUUAAGAACUACAUGCCCGAGGAGUGGGCCAACAAGAAGACCCCGUUCUUCCUUGCUCACGGUCUCGAAGAUCCAGUUGUUCCAUUCGCUGCUGGAAAGACUUCGAUGCUUAAACUUAAGGAACUUGGCCUAGAGGAUGUUUCCUUCCACCAAUAUGAGAAUCUUGGUCACUCGGCGACCCCCGAGGAGAUUGAUGACCUCGAGAAGUUCAUUGAGAAAGCCCUUGCUGCUCAAGGAGAGGGCAAGGCUUCUGCUGGUUUAUGA